GCACAACUCUCGAACAGACAGGAAUGUUGUUCCCUUGGUGUCAGGUGCAUAAUGUUCAUGUUGCACCUGCCUGAGGAGAAGAGGAGGGAGGUCCUCGAGAAGGCCCAUAGAGACUUCACGAAUUUCGAACGAGUCGCCAAAGUGGUCUUCACUGGAGGAGGAGUGGACGUACGAGAGUACAUGAAGGAGAGUCUGGACAUGGCGCUCCGGAGUAUGCGCACCCAAAGGAACGGUCCCUGCAGGAAUGAAAGGCAGCCUCCUGGGCCUCCCGUCCAGCGCUGGGGAGGAGGACCCCCGAGUUGGCGGAACGAAUCCGGUAACCAAGGGAACUGGAGGAGCGACCGAGAAACUGGAGGGAAUCGAGUCUCGGAAUGGGGAAAUUCCCGAUGGAAGGAAGCGAGGGAUGGAAGAUGGGGAGACCGUCCCAAACCUAGGAACUCAGGAACUCGUCCCGAGGCGAGUCAGACCAGGAUGCCGCAGCCUCCCAGACCUCCUGCUACCAUAGGAGCGGCACCUCAAGUGGUCCCUCACCCUAACAAUCCGCUGGCUCGAAGCGGGUGCGUCUAUUGUAAUGAAGAUGGACACAUCAAGCGGGAGUGCCCUUACCUUACAGAAGCCCUACGGCAAGGGGUGGUGAAAUUAAAUAAGAACAAAUGGGUAGUUUGGGGGGAUGAUGGGGAGAUGGUCUCCUUUUAUCCCUCGAUGAAGGUGAAUGUGGACAAAAGGAUAGCGCUCCAAGAGGCGAGAUUGGGGAAGAAACCCGAGGUUGGGGGAACCUCCAACUCAUCCUGCGUCCAAAUGACGGAGGCACCGGGAGGAGUGUCCAUAAGGGAGCCCCAGGUGUCGAGCAUUAAAUUCGUUGAGACCCAGUCCGAAGAGGAAGGGUCUUGCCUAAGAGUGAGGACCCAAGUUGGGGCAGGGCCAUCUAAGAGCAAGGAGCUCUCUACAGAGGGAGGAAAACGGAGCGGUGACGACGACCAACCAAUGGUCGACGCCAAAGUCGCGGAAGAGAGGAAGGGGGAAGAGCCCACGUCACCCAAAUCGCCCAGAAAAAAUGGGGGGAAAAAGUUCGAGAUGAAAUCCACCUUGGACGAGAUAGACACGGUAGCUCCCUUGCGGAGAACUCUAAUGGAGCCGAUGCAAUGCACGCUCCUUGAGUACUUGGCAGCUAGCAAGAGCGCUAGGGACGAGCUCCUAAGCAUCACCAAAAAGGUGAGGAUUCCGCUCGCAGGAGGGCCUACAGUUCCUGGGGAUGGACCUGCCAAGGAGGAGGUGCAGUCUUCCCGAAUCUCGAUGGAGGAAUUGCCGGCCAGUUUCUUCUCGGAAGAUGAGACUAAGAGAUUUGAUGUGCUAAGGAGUGGCCAGCUCCAAGCCCUGGUGAGUGGGAAGAAGAUGAGGGCCCUAGUGGACAAUGGGUCUGAAUCUACCGUGUGCAGGGACUCUAUCGCUAAGGAAUUAGGGCUGGAAGUGGAUAGAGGAGUAUCCAUGUCCAUUGCCGUUGCGGAUAACAAGCUCCAACCGGCCGAAGGGGUAUGUCACAGCCCCCUGAUUGAGGUCACAAGGGUGGAAGCUACGGUUCCAAUUUUUUCGGUAAAGGAGUGUUCUUCCGAGUUGAUACUCGGGAGAACUUGGCUGAGCGCGGUGCACGCUACCACGGUCGACCUUCCCGACGGAAGUCAGACCGUCUCGAUCCAAAGUCCAGACGGGAUCAGGGUGGUUUUGAAGACGGUGGAUGCUCAAGAUGAGCAGAAUUGGACUAGUGUUCCGAGGAGGAAGGAAGCCCAGUCACGAGUGUGCCAGGUCCGGUUAGAAGAGUCGCCAUGGGCCGACAAAGAACCCCCGGGAGAUUGGGUGGACGUCGAGGAUGUUGGAGGUCGGAUAAUAAUCGAUUAGGUAGGGUACAAAAAGGAGGACGAAGAGGAAGAAUUCGGUGGGUGCGUCAGACUGUUUUUUUUGGGGGAAUCCCUUUAGCCGG